GUUUAUUCAUUAUUUUAAUACCUUAACCAUCUGCUGAACCUGGACCCGAGUUCACCAACUCAGAUCGUAUUGACAUACCUUAAUCAUGUCAAAUGGGACCGAGGAUGAGAACCAAACACCGUGAACCCAACUUGUGCCGGUAAUGUCAAUUGAAAAAUAUGACAACUACAAAUCAUUCAUAUCUUUAAGCAAAAUUCACAUGAUUCAAACAUACACUGGUUCUGGGAUCCUUACACCAAAUCUGGUAAAUCCUUCCUAUGGGAAUACCUACUUUUGAAUUUUGGAGGUAUUUCGUAGACAGAAAACAUCACAGAGCCAAAAUGUAUACUGAAAAAUAUGGUUAAUCACAAGGGAUCGCUGAAAUUUGUUGAACACACAUCAUUUCGGUUCAGUAUUACUUACACCAUGGGACCCCAAGCUCUGCCGAUCGGAUGAAUUAACCGAGCACGAACUAUUUCGAUGCGAUUAUUGGUUUAUAGGGCUUAGGACAAAGAGAACCAUCCAACGGAGGACAAUAGUCGCUCUCACUGGCUGCCACUCAUUCGGAUUUGGUACCCCCAACAGGUUACCGACAACCAAAGUGUCGGUGCUCACGGCGUCCUGACGUUAAUUGGCGACGACGGUUGUACAGAGGUCCUCUUGAUUACCCGUCAAGGAAGUAUUUACGAUUUUUUCAGACUUUUGCGAUAAUGUCAAACACGUUGCUUCUUCGGAUUACGAGAUUAUUUUAUUUUCUGCAUAUUCGAUAUUGUCUUUAAUUGGACCGAUUUACCUGACUUUGAUUAGUGGUGCCUUUGGCGCACUUACCGAUAGGCAGGCGUGUGUCUAUGAAUGGGCUAAGAUCGAGCGCUCCGAACGUUCGUCAGUUGUCUGAAGCAGUUUCUUUUGUAUGGGUCUUGAGAUUGAAUGACAGUGGAACAACUCUGUGUGCUUCAACGAAUGGCGAGGUUCUGCUGAUGCGUCCUCAAGAUACGGUGAUGAUGACAUUCCGGUCCAUUAUCUCAUCAAUCCAACCUAUUCUGCGCCUCUCGAUGUUAUCCGACUCGACAAGUUUUUGGGUUGUAGUAGUCUUGAGUGAUGCAGUGCAUGGGUUCAAUAUUAGUGGGGCCAUGAUAAAAAGGUUGGGGCUAGGAAGCCUUGAGACAUUUGGCAGGUCAUAUUCACUCAGCACCCCAGAAGCUGCUCUGUCUUCUUUCAUGCGGAUAGGUAUUCAGAGGAUGUCGUUUUUAUGGAUUGAGUCGAAUCCGGUACAAAUUGUUCAACUGGAAAGUGAUCAAACUUACCUUUUCAACGUUUUAUGCUCAGUAAGCCAUUUGAAUUGCGUUUUGUACAAGAAGGGGAAAGGUAACCCCUUCUAA